GUUAUACCCCAAAACCAAAAUCAAUCUUUCUUUCUCACUUCUUCUCAUAAUAUUAGUCCCUUUCCUCCCAGAAAAAAAAAUGACUACACACACAGAAAGCCUUUGGGUUUUCGCUUUAGCAACAAAAUGCAAAUCUUUCAACCCUAUAUGCUUUGCACUUGUUUUUCUUCUAGCCUGGCUAGUCAUGCAGAUGCUUUACUGGUCUUACCCUGGUGGCCCAGCUUGGGGUAAAUACAGCAUGCUGAGAAAAUAUUUGCUGUUAAAAAAUCCAAUACCUGGGCCAAGAGGUUUUCCUCUGAUCGGUAGCAUGAACAUGAUGACUGGCUUAGCACACCAAAAAAUUGCAUCCAUGGCCGAAUAUUGCAAAGCCAAACGUCUCAUGUCCUUCAGCUUAGGCGAAACAAAAGUUAUUGUAACGUGUAAUCCAACAGUAGCAAAAGAAAUAUUGAACAGUUCAGUGUUCGUUGAACGUCCGGUAAACGAGUCAGCCUAUAAACUAAUGUUCAACAGAUCAAUUGGUUUUGCUUCUUACGGUGUCUACUGGCGAACACUUAGAAAAAUUGCUUCAACACACAUGUUUUGUCCUAAGCAAAUUAAAUCAUCUGAAGCUCAACGGUUUGAAAUCGCGAAGCAAAUGGUCGCGAUUUUGGAACGGAGUACUCCGUCCCUACAGGUUCGGGAUGUGUUGAAAAAGGCGUCGUUGAACAAUAUGAUGUGCUCUGUUUUUGGGAGAAAGUAUAGUCUUAUUGAUCGUUGUAACGACGAGAUAGAAGAAUUGAGCGAGUUGGUUGAUGAAGGUUACGAGCUUUUAGGCAUGCUUAACUGGUCUGAUCAUCUACCUUGGUUAGCUGAAUUUGAUUUACAGAAAAUUCAGCAUAGGUGUGAACAACUAAUGCCUAAAGUGAACCGGUUCGUUGGUAAGAUCAUCGAUGAACACCGGGUUGAACCUAGUAGUGUUCAUCGCGAUUUUGUGGAUGUUUUGCUCUCUCUUCAAGAUUCUGAGAAAUUAUCGGAUUCUGAUAUGAUUGCCGUACUUUGGGAGAUGAUAUUUAGGGGAAGUGACACGGUGGCAGUAUUAAUAGAGUGGAUACUAGCACGGAUGGUACUUCAUCCUAAUGUUCAGUCCAAGGUACAAGAAGAGCUAGACAGGAUUGUCGGAAAAUCGCGGUCAGUGAUGGAGUCCGAUGUAACGAACAUGGUUUAUCUGCCAGCCGUAGUGAAAGAAGUACUCAGGUUGCACCCUCCAGGCCCACUGUUGUCCUGGGCCCGUCUAUCGAUAAAGGACACGACAGUGGACGGGUACCACGUACCUGCAGGAACCACGGCUAUGGUGAACAUGUGGGCCAUCACGAGGAGUGAAGAGGUUUGGGCGGAUCCACUUGAGCUUAAGCCCGAAAGGUUCAUGAACGAGAACGAGCCUGUGGAUUUUUCGGUGUUGGGGUCUGACCUGAGACUGGCACCAUUUGGUUCCGGAAGACGAACUUGUCCUGGAAAGACACUGGGCUUGACCACGGUCACUUUUUGGGUAGCAUCGCUUUUGCAUGAGUUUGAAUUCGGGCCAAGUGAUGGAACCAAAACCGUCGAUUUGUCUGAAGUACUAAGGCUUUCUUGUGAAAUGAGCAACCCCCUGACGGUGAAGGUGCAACCACGACGAGUUCCAUGAAGCUCCUCGCAUCACAAGCCAGGGCACUACCCAAGAAAUGUAACUAAAACACCACUAUAUGUUGUUUGCGGUACUGUGUGUCUUUGUGUCUUUACUGUAUUGUAUUGUAUUGUUAUUUAAAUAAGAAGUAUGUUCUAAUUGUUAAGUAGUACUUUAUAUUUGUUGUAAUGUAUUAUUGAA